AGUAAUCCAAGCACAGGCGGAGGACCGGGCGGCAUUCUGGAGUGCUCUGAGCUCAAAGGAGGCUCCGGUGAAUCCCCCCCCGUCCGCCGCCUAUCAUCCCGCUGAUAAAGAUGGGCACACAGGACGAUGUGGAGGCUUUACUGAAGCUGUUUGAGCGUGUAGCGGUCGUUGGGGAAUGGACCGGGAUGGAGAGAGCUCUCCGCCUGCUGCCGCUUCUUUCCGGGGAAGCCCAGCUCGCUGCUCAGCAGCUGCCGGCCGAUCGUAUGCUGGAAUACGACGAUCUGAAGCGGGCGAUCCUCCAGCGAGUGGGGCGGACACCGGAGCAGCACCGACAGCGGCUUCGCGCGUUGACGCUGCGCGAGGUCGGCCGACCGUUCGCCUUCACCCACCAGCUUCGCAAUGCAUGCCGGAGAUGGCUGCGGGACGAGGACCGGAGCACGGACGAGGUUCUGGAUCGUGUGAUGUUGGAGCAGUUCAUCACCCGUCUUCCGCCGCGGACGGAGGAAUGGGUUCAGUGCCAGCGACCGGAGACCGUGGAGAAGGCGGUACAGUUGGCAGAGGACCACCUGGCGGCGUCCGCGGGGGCAGGCGGAUCCCCUGGGUCUCCGUCCGAAUCUCCUUCUUCCCUGUCCCCUGGCUCUUCUCUCUCUCCUCCCAUUCCCUUACCCUGGAAACGGGGGCCGAUUUCCCCGAAGCCGGUGGCUCGGCCGCGAGCUCCUCCCUCUUCCUUUUCCUCUUCCUCCCCUUCUGCUCUCGCUCACAGAUCUUUGCCUUUGACUCAACAGGUGGGGGAGACAGUCCGGGCAGGUGCGGAGCGGAAGCCUGGGCCGGUCUGUUCAGUGUCCCGUCAUAGAGUUGGGGGUGAUGGUCCAGAUUCCUGAGGCGCCACAGGCUGCCCCCGAUCAAGCAGGAAC